AUGCCGCUCACUUCCCAUGACGGAGUAGUCCCGCAGCAUCAUAUCGGGCCUGCUCCGGCCGAGGAUCUCAAGUAUCGUUGUUUGGCCGUCCGCGGCGAGCAGCGUCCAGUUGCCCCCAUCGCUCCCACUGCCAGGCAUGCGGGCGACGCCAGUGUAGUUCGUGUAGUCCAACGGCAUGUGGCCACGCGCGACCGAUGGCAGCAUCGCGUCGGCGGGCGUGCUGUCGAAGGGGAACGGCAUCAGCACCAUCUCGUUCAGCGGGCCGCCACUCUGCAUAUUCGGCUGGUCUAUGACAAACGACAUCCCCGCAUCGUUGUCGUCGUCGCCGUCGUCUUCCUCGUCCUCGUCCUCGUCCUCAUCAUCCUCAUCCUCAUCCUCAUCCUCCUCCUCCUCAGCACCCUCGUCGUCGUCGUCGUCGUCGUGUUCCAUGUCUGUUAUGACGAGUUCCGCGCCCUCCGCACCGCCGCCGUAGCCCACGAUGCGGCCGAUGCCAAAGGUAUUCGUGCCGCUGAUGAUGUGUGCGACGCGCUGGGCGUGUUCGUCGUCCUCGCCGUCGUUAUUCUCGACAGUUUCAUCAUCAUCAUGUGUGUGGCCAACUUCACCAUCGCCCAUGUCGUCGUCUUCUGCGUCUGCGUCCUCGUCUUCGUCUUCCUCUUCUUCGUCAUCAUCAUCGUCAUCGUCGUCGUCGUCAUCGUCAUCGUCGUCGUCAUCGUCAUCAUCAUCAUCGAUGUCGUUCAUAUCCUGCGGGCCUGUGUGGAUGUGCACCGCGAUAGGCAACAUUUCGCCGAGGGCCAACUCGAGGCCCCCCUCGUCGUCAUGACGGAGGCGGUGGAAGUCGUCACUCUCCGAGUCGCGGCCGCUGCGGAACAGCGCAACGGCAUCGUUGGGCCGCAGUAG